UACCGCUUCCUAACCAUAGUGAUACCCUUAGAUACACAUUCAUUUGUGCCUUCCGAGCGCAUAUUUUCAUCCAGCAAAGAGACCUGCACUCUACGGCGCAGCAACUUAUCUCCGGCGACACUUGAAGCAUUACAAGUCCUAAAGUUCAUUUACAAGCAAGACCGCCUCAAUUUUAUGGAGGACCCAGUGGUGGCUGACGAGCGGGACUACACGAUAUCUGGACCUGUGACUCAGAGCAGUUGA